UACAAAUAAUAGUAGAACCAGUAACAAGAGCAGCAAGAAACCAAGUUCAGGCUCAGAAGGUAGCUUGGGUGUCAAGGAGGGUGCAGGAAUGAGAAGAGGAAGGAAGGCACAGGCAGGCAGCAUCAGAAGGACCUGGAACAAAGGGGUCAAGAGGAUGACAGUCAAAUGACCCUCAGUACCCCCGAGCAGGCAAAAGCACACGAGUAAACCCUGACAUGGAAUGAGAGGAAAACGAAGAAUGCUGCUAGCAGCUACCGAGAAGAGGAGGAAGUGGGAGAUGCGCUGCUUCCUGUACCAAGAACUAUGAUUAAAGACAAAGCUGGGUGGGGACUAGUCCCUGGGCUGCAGCCGCCCGCUACACAUACACACAGCGCUGCCGCCGCCCGCCGGCUCUGUGGGCGACUCCUACUACUGCUGGGCUGGAGCUCGCUGCAAGCCAGAGCAGCUCUGCCAGGGGAAGCCGCUCUCUUCUGACCAAGCCGGGGAGCCGAGCCAGAUCUGCCAGUGAGCCUCAGGCUUUGGGAAUUGGCGAGAGUGUCUGAAAGACCCAUCCAGUGCUCCAAUGGCCAGCAACAACACAGCCAGCAUAGCACAAGCCAGGAAGCUGGUAGAACAGCUUAAGAUGGAAGCCAACAUCGAUAGGAUAAAGGUCUCCAAGGCAGCUGCGGACUUGAUGGCCUACUGUGAGGCACAUGCCAAGGAGGACCCCCUGCUGACCCCUGUCCCAGCCUCAGAAAACCCGUUUCGGGAGAAGAAGUUCUUCUGCGCCAUCCUUUAAGUCUCCAGGAGGAGGCUGAAGAGCCUCCGGGCUCCCGGGACAUUGCCGUAGAGUUUCUAGCAAAGCGGGCACCUUCCUCAUGUCCACGGCAUUUAAAGAGAGGAAGGAGAAACAUCGUGAAACUCCAGGCUGUGCAUGUUUAAAGAACUGGCCCCUUUUCUGAAAACGAAAGCCAAGCCACAUCCUGACUUAAGAGAUCUGAUUCUGCAGACCUGCCUGGAGGAGGGGAAUGUAUAAAAAUAAAAUUGGUGUCACUUCUUUUCUGCUAUCCCCCUCCCCCUCGAGACCUUACGUUUCUGCUUCAUAUUUAAAAAAUAAACAUUAAAACAGACAGCUGUACUGAGCUAAGAUGUGUAUGACCUUCUCGGAAUGAAUAUUGUCUGUAGAUACCCUUUGAUAAGCUUGAGUCGUCCAGUGUAGCCGCAGUUUGGUUUAAUGGCAUCGAUGUUUAGUCCUUGUGCCUUUCUUUUUCUUUCUUCCUUUUCCCUCUUCCCCUGCCCCUCCUCAUUAGAGUAGUUUGGAGAUAAGGUGGACUUCUGUGUCAGACUGAACUCCAAGGAUGAGCACCAGAAGCUUAAGGAGAUGUUCCUCAUGGUAAUAACAAAAACGAAUUGCCGGUUGUCUGUGUUUUCUUAUCACUAUUCCUAAUAUUUAUACAUGAUAGCUUUGAUUCUGCAAGUAAAUCAUGUGUUGUGACUGGUGCUUUCAUAUCUUUGUGAUGAUUUUUGAGUAAUACUGCAUGAAAAUGUCCCUAUGUUACAUCCAUUCAGAAGUAUGUUGUUUUACUAUAAAAGUAGGAAAAGAAAUGAGAGAAAGAGAGAAAGACUGGGGAGGAAAGACCUCAGUAGUGUGAAAACUGAGAUUAUUUCAGAGCCUUAGCCAUGCCUAAAAUACCUCCUAAUUAACCGUGGCAUAAGCGCCUCUUCUCUAGUUUCCAGAAUCCAAAGCAUUUUGGUUUAUCCAAGAUCCAGGGCAGCACAAGUACCUCCCCCUCAAGCAGGACAGUUAAGAUUCAACAUGAGUUGAAAAGUGCUUUGCCAGAGAGUAUGAGCGACUUCCCUCUUUCCCCAAAUCUCGUUUGUUCAAGUACAGAAGAAACAAACCCAUAGCGCGGAGAAGGUGGCCCAAGUGCAGAGCACCAGCUGCUCCCCCACCAGGGAUCAGGAUCCCAGAGCCCACUCUUUGGGUAGCAGUGCCGCCCCCGCAGUUGGCUCCACUGGAAAAGUAUCUGGCUGGCUCUGAGAUGGCCUGCAUUUUUCAUUUCUCAGUUUUUCAAAGAAAUCUUUGCUUUUCUUCUCUACCUUGUUGGAGUCUUUCAGUCCUUACUUACAACUUCCGUGCAUCCAGAGUGCUCCCUUCCCAUGAGGAGAGGUUGAGAGCGAUUCUUCACUGCUUCUAGCUGGAGCCUCCUCAGAAAUGGUGGCCCCGCGCGAGCAUGUGUCACUCUUUUCCAGGGUCUCUUCUACUCAAGGAGGGCCUCUCUCACAUCCUGUUUGCUUUCAAACCCCAAAAGACCAUUAACUCCCAAUUAAUUCUAUUCUUCUCUCUUUCCUCACCAUUUUCUUCCUCCUAUGAAAGAAAAAAAGUACUAAAAGGGAGGAAAAGAAAAAAUAAAAAAAGAUUUACUAUGCCAAGGACAGAUUUUGAAACAGACUUGCUAAAUAUUCUCCUCGGUUUCUUUAUGGACUUGCUGAUGAAAGAACAAAUUUCUCCAAUUAAGGCUCGCUCACACCUAGGGUCGGGGAACAGAGGGUACUGGAGCAUUUUUGAAAUGUAUGAACGCAUUUCUGCAAUAGAAGACUUCUGUUCUGAAUAAACCUUAGGAUUUUGUUCCAGUGGGCUGCUGAUGACAAUCCUUAGAGGGUGGACAGAAGCUGGCAGAGUAUUUAUUGAGCCCCAGUUUUGUUCAGUUAGCUCAGAAAUGCUAUGGAAUCGACUAAGAAUCCUUUUUUUUUUUUUUUGGUACCAGGGAUCGAACUCGGGUCCUUGCGCUUGUGCAGCAGGCAGUGAAACCGCUGAGCUAAAUCCCUGGCCCCUAAGAAUCCAUUUUUAAAGCAAGCUAAAACAUAAACUGAGUAUGUGGCCACUCUACUGUCGGUGAUGACUACACAAAAGCUACCACCAGGCCCAGUUCAUUUCCAAUCCAUACCAUUUCUUCCUCUCAGAAGGACUCAUUGUAUUUCCACAUCACUUGAGAUUUUUUGGGCAAUUCAAAUGGAACUAAAAAUUUCAGGAAGCCCUUCAAUACUGGUUUGGCAAAUACAAGUUAAAAAAGUUGUGCUUAUAAAAGGAGGAAAGGACAGAAAAUACACAGCCCAUCUGAAGUUAGGGAAAAUGUUUUAGCUUUUGUACCUUUUCAUGUGUUACACUAUGGAGUUAUAAUACCAGAAUCCUUAUAUGAGUUUUACCUUAUUGGUAUUUGUGUUUAUUAAAGCAGAAAAGUUUUUAUUAUAUUAUUUAGGCUCAAAAGAGCCUAACUUCUUUAGAAAAUCAACAAUAAUUUUCACCAGCAUAAUUUUAUCUUAAGGGUGACUAUUAGGAAAAUUCAAUUUAGUUAAGGCCCUAAUUUCUAUAUAAAAUGUGGAAUAAUAACAAGAAGAAUCAGCCAUGGAGUUAGUCAGUAAACACAAUAAACAUAUUUAGAAUGCCAACUCUAUAAAGAAAAAAUAUUUGCAACAGUCUCAAUAUUAACUGCAGUUUAAAAUUUGUUAUUUUUAUUUGGGAUAAAGUAUUACUUAAAUCAGAACUUAAAAUAAGAAUUUGGUUCUGAAUCUGAUUUGGCUAAUAAUAUUUGGAAGAGACUGUCUGCCAAGGAAAAAUGAAACAAUAAAAACCAUUUCUCUAUACUCUUAUGCUCACAUAAGAAGUUUUGAGAAGGGCCGGGGCUUUAGCUCAGUGGUUUCGUUGCUGGCUGCGCAAGCGCAAGGACCCGAGUUUGAUCCCCGGUACCAAAAAAAAAAAAGAAGAAGAAGAAGUUUUGAGAAAAUCAAGCAUCCUGUCUUAGGUGAUUUUUAAACUUUUCUUUCUUUCUUAACAUUUGCUUCUAGUUGCUCCUGGCAAUGACGAAUUGCUACAUAUACAUUACUGUUUCUCAGCCCAAGGAUUGUUCACAUUUUUCCUAUAAAAGAUCUAUGGAAUGUGUCUUCUAAAGAAAAGGAAUUGCAGAAAUGUUAAAGCAGAAAAACCUGAAUGUGAUGUGCACAUUUUCAUCCCACAUGGACAAUGUAUUUGUUUUAAUAAAUGGAAUUUUCAGAUUCA